GCAAUGGGCUUACCAACACACCAAUGUACCUUGUGUUUAACAAGGCGUCCUCGAGAUCUUUCUAUGGGAUGGACUUGUAUAACGCGUGGUGAGGCUGACAUACCCCACCAGUUUUGGUCAUGUCGAUUUUGCGGCGCGACGGAGAACACUUACGGCUAAAGAAUUGUCUCCCGAAACAAUUUCACGUCUCAGGGGAUUCCAGGAUUUCAUGUUACAUUAUUUCAUAAUACUAUGGCUGUGACGGUUACGAUGCAGGACCUUCACUUCAACAGUUUUCCUCUCAUAUAUUGUUCAGGGCUGUGCCCUGUGCAGAUAUGGUCAUCGUACGAUGGAAUAACAAAGUUUUUGCUCCCGAUGCUGCCAUUCUCGAGACUCUCCGGGUCUGCCUUUACCCGAUUUAUCGCUCCCCCGGAACGCCUCUUUGACGAUGGCGGUCUUGAAUCUGAAGUACUUCAAAUGAUAGCUGACGAGCGCCAACCAUGUCUUCAUGGUGGACUACUGGUGGAACGCAGCAACCGAAAAUCAAGGUUAAGCCGUCUGGGUAUCCAUAUAUGUUUGACCGUACUAAUUUUGGUGACAGCUAUCAAUCGCGUGCACCGAAUAGAACAAGAGAAGACUGUCUAUGUCAAACAUUUCAUAGUGAGUCUUGAUCUCCGUUCAUCAUAUCCAUUAAACCUUCUUCGAGGUCGAUUACACCAUCGAAGGCCGCAUAACGUUCAGGAAUUUAAGAGAUCUCGAGGUCAUCCUGAAACCAGCUUAGCUCAGAGUGGAAUGGACUAUGCAGAGCACCUACUGAGACUUCUUAUAUCGAUGUCCUUUCUUUUUCGUCCCCUGUGGUCUUCUGAUGUAGAUCAUCUUAACCAGAUGGCCAAAGAACCUCAAUGAGGUAUUGCUCCUUGACUGGUCCUUGCGAGCACUUUAGACAUCGCGGCACCUCUCCCUUGUCUGUGCACGUCGCAAGAUACGAUGUGAUGCAUUCUUCACAGCUGU